UCAGAUGCUGUAGCUCCAUUGAGUCGGCGUCAUUCUCAAGCAUGCAGCAGCAUAAUGCUUCAAACUCAACCCAUUGGACACCUACAGUUAACGUGGCUCCCUGUAUUCUCCUAGCACUCUGCUCACUGGUGGGGAUUCCUGGCAACUUGCUGGUCAUCGUGGCAAUCCUGCGGAACAUCAGGCAAGCCACGAUGACUGUCAGACUAAUGCUGAACCUGGCUUUCACAGACCUGCUCUCCCUGUUACUGGUGGUGCCUUGGAUUCCGGCAUUGCUGGGCGACUGGCCUUACAACGAAGCCUUCUGCAAGCUCUUCUCCUAUGCGCUGUACUGCUGCGUGUACAUGAGCGUGCUGACAGUCACAGCCAUGAGCAUGCAGAGAUACAUACAGGUGGCAUACCCCUUGAGGCUGCGUACCUGGAAGAAGAAAAGCACUUUGUUGCUGGGUGGCCUCUGGCUGCUGGCUCUCCUGCUCAGCUCCCCGACCAUGUUUCUGAGGAAGCUGGUCCUUGACAACGGACGGCUGAGGUGCCAGCCAUGGUACAAUUCGAACACGGAGCUGGUAGCACUGCUCAUGCUGGAGACGGUCGUGGGAUUUGUAGUCCCCAGCGUGCUCAUCGGCAUCUCCUAUGCCAACGUCAUCCACAGAGUGAAAAAGAUGCCCUUCACCACGAGCCGAAGACUAAGACUAAACCGGCUGGUCAUCUGGGUGGUGGCAGCGUUCCUCGCUCUCUGGUUCCCCUCCCAUGUGGCCAACAUCCUGCACGUCUGUGCUACCCUGGCGCCGUCGGGGAGCACCGCACUGAGGAGCAGUGGGGAACACCUCCGCAACCUGGCAGGGGCGCUCACCUUCUUCAACAGCUGCCUCAAUCCCUUCCUGUACGCCCUUGCCUCGCGUAACCUGAGAGGCAGCAGCAGCCUCCUGAAGAAGAUGGAGAGGGUCUGGGACUCGAGGCAGCCUGACACGCCCCCCACAGACUCCCGAAAGCCCUCCCUGUGCACCCAGUCUAACCUGCUCGUCGUCCCCAAAGACACCCCAGGUAUGAGGAGAGCUCAUACACCUGAAGAGUGAGGAGAACAUUAUGGGAGAUGUAUAUAAAAAUACAUACAAAAAUAGUAUGUAUUUUAUGUAUAUGUUUAUAUGUAUACAUGUUUUAUAUUGCUUUGAUAAAUAAUACUUGUAGCUAUUAUGACUUAUUUUAUUCCAUAUGAUGUAGUCCAAAAAUGUAUUUAUUAUAAAAAUAACAGUUAUAUUAAAAAAACUGUUCACAAAUAAUUCAGUUACUCUGUACUGCAUUCAGAGAUACCCACCAAUAACCCAUCUAUCCAUCGUCCAACCAGUUAUCCUGCUCUGAGUGUCUGGGGAGGCAAAGCUUUUCACUAAUAAUCGUUACUAUGUUUAAUGCUCAUAGUAACUUCUGAAUGACUUCUUUUCUAAUUGCCAGGGUAUACAUUAUUUUAAAUCAGUUUGAUGUCAAAAUUAUAUAAUAUGCAUUAAAAUGUAAAAAAAUAAUGUUUUAAUUGUUUAAAUGUAAGAAUGAUACAAUCAUUCUGACUCUUAAAAUAUAAUGCACUCCUGUGAUAUAAUCAUCAAAUGCUGAAUCAUUUAAAUCUUCUUUGUGAAGACAAUAUUGUGUUCAUACUAUUUCAAAUGCAUACAAAAAAAACUGAAACCAUGU